UGAGGAAAAAGUACUUUUAUAAUAUCGAGGAUCUAGUGCUGAAGUUUUAGUGAAGUUUUAGUGUCAUACGGAGCAGAAUUCUGGGAAGAUAAUGAGUGCAGUCAUGUCUGUUACUUCAAAAGUUAAAUUCUAUCAAGGAACGGGUCCACCCUCUGAAGAUAUAGUGACAUCUCCAUUGAGUUCACCAACUCUAGAUCGUCGUGGAGUGGGCUCCAACAUGUACAAUGAACAAUUGAUGCAGCCGGCCCAACACGUUCAGCAGCAGAUUCUGACAUUAAAACAGCAGCAGCAGCUUCAGCAGCAGAUGUUACUGCAGCAAUUUCAGCAGCAACAACAGCAGUUGGCACAGGAACAUGAGAAGCAGCUGCAGGACUACCACAAGUUUCAACAAGAGCAGUUAGCUAAAGAGCAUGAAAGACAGAUGCAAGAACAUUUUAAGCAACUGGUGUUGAUACAGAAGCAGCAGGAGUACCUGGCAGAGCAGCAGAAGCUGGAGGAGAGACAGAGAAUUGAGAAGGAAAUCCAUGAGAAAACACGACUCUCACAGAUCAAGAACAAAAACAAGGAGGAAGAGAGUGCUGUUGCGUCCACAGAGGUAAAACAGAGACUGCAGGAUUUUGUUUUGUCUAAGAAACAACGAGAGGCCGCAGUGAGAAAUAGUCCCCCACAGUUUCGGCAUUGGCCGCUAGAUCAGAAUUCCCCGCCCACCACUGGCUUAUCUCCACCUUACAGUCACACACUUCUUGGAAAAUAUGAUGAUGAUUUCCCACUUAGAAAAACAGCAUCUGAACCCAAUUUAAAGGUGCGCUCGGCGCUAAAACAGAAGGUCAUGGAGCGACGCAUUACCCAGAGUCCAAUUCUACGGCGGCGAGAUAAGGGAUUCCUAUUUAAACGCAAAACUCCUUUAUCAAUUGAUUGUGGGAGCAAUUCUGAUUCGGGACCGAAUUCUCCACCAGGUGGCGUUCAUCCAGCUCUGUCUAACGGAAAUCUAAAAGAGGACACACAUAUACACCCGUAUCUUCUAUAUCACACCAUGGGUUAUGUUAAUCCAGACCUUUAUACUUCACCGUCCAUGCCAAACAUUUCAUUAGGGCGACCUCCCAGUGCGGGUGGAAAUGGAACUCAUUCAAAUUACUCGGAGGCAGAACUGCGGGCAAUGGGCGCUGCACGAUUAGGGCUCCCACUGUCGAGUCAGGGACUCCAGGGUAGUGGAAUGCCAGGCUAUCAUCCCUCAUUGCCAGCAAUAGAUGGUGAAUAUGCGUCACCCUCAGACACCUCAGCUCGAUCCAUGAUGGCAGCCCAGCUAAAGGCUAUAGAAGAAGCCCGGGCCUCAGGGACCAAGCCCUCGCCCCUUGCAGGGCCUCCCUAUCCCACACCAACCAGUACACAGUCAUCAUCAGAAAGCCACCAAGCCAGAAUUCAUAGACAUCGACCAUUAGGACGAACUCAAUCAGCGCCAUUACCGAUAGGUCAUCCUUUCAUCCAACAGAAUCUUUUGUUACAACAACAGCAGCAAAGGGCUGGGGUCGCGGGGCCGGGUAUUGAGCAUGACCCAGAACAGAUCCUCAAAGAUAAGUUCCUUGUUAAACAACAUAUACGACAAACUGUGUUGCAACGGACCAGUAGUAAAACACAUAUGGAGAAUGUAGACGAAGAGACAGAGGCAAAACUAGCACAGGAGAUGAAAGAAGCUCAUGAAGCAGACGAUAAUGAUGUGGUUGUUGUCAAGGAAACCAAGAUGGAUGACAGUCGGUCAGAAAUUUCAAAUAAAUUAACUCGCCGUGAAAGUGAACACCUUUUGGCGGUAUCAAAGCCAAGACAUAAAGGUCAUCAUCGUCCCCUAGCCAGAACCCAAUCUAGUCCCCUGGUAACGUUCUCAAUGCCACCCCAGACGCAAGAAGUAGGCCCUGUCAAAUACAGCUUUACCACUGCAAUAGCAUAUGAUACAAUAAUGCAGAAACACCAGUGUUCAUGCGGUCAUGACUCAGUACACCCCGAACAUGCAGGUAGAAUACACAAUAUCUGGUCCCGGUUACAAGAAAAAAAUCUGAUCUCAAAUUGUGAGCAAUUAAAGUGCCGAAAAGCUACAUUAGAAGAAAUACAGUCAUGUCAUUCAGAGGCGUACACAUUGUUUUACGCCACAAAUCAUUUAAGUCGAUCACGUUUAGAUCCUAAACAUUUUGAAAAUUUACCAAUGCGUUUUUGUGCUUUACCGUGUGGUGGUGUUGGCGUGGACUCUGACACAGUGUGGAAUGAUCUACAUACAUCCAUAGCAGCCAGAAUGGCUGCAGGUUGUGUAACAGAGCUGGCCUUCAGGGUAGGAGCAGGUGAGCUUAAGAAUGGUUUCGCUCUUGUUAGGCCGCCUGGGCAUCAUGCAGAACCAGAACAAGCUAUGGGAUUUUGUUAUUUCAACUCAGUUGCUAUAGCAGCAAAACAAAUGAAAGAAAAAUUGAAAAUGAAGAAGAUUCUUAUAGUUGACUGGGAUGUUCAUCAUGGUAAUGGUACGCAACAGAUGACUUUCACUGACAAAGAAAUCUUGUAUAUCUCAAUACAUCGUCAUGACAACGGCAACUUCUUCCCCGGAACUGGGGCGCCAGAGGAAUGUGGAACAGGGGAAGCCACAGGGUUUAACGUUAAUGUUGCCUUCAGUGGGGGAUUAGAGCCCCCAAAAGGAGACGCAGAAUACUUGGCUGCCUUUAGAACCAUUGUAAUGCCAAUUGCUAGAGACUUUAAUCCGGAGAUUGUCCUUGUUUCGGCUGGCUUCGAUGCAGCAGCAGGUCAUCCUGCACCCCUUGGUGGUUACUUGGUUUCACCUCAGUGUUUUGGUCACAUGACCAGAGAGCUGAUGUCAUUGGCCAAUGGGAAGAUAGUUCUGGCCCUGGAAGGAGGAUAUGAGGUCACAGCAAUAUGUGAUUCAGCAGAAAUGUGCCUAAAGGCCUUACUGGGCCAGGAAAUCCCACCAAUAAAGGAGGAAGAGUUGUGUAAAGUCCCUUGUAAAGCUGCAUUAGAAACUUUGGAAAAUACUAUAAAUAUUCAGAGUAAGCACUGGCCCUGUCUCCAGCGUUACCUUGGUACCAUACAGUACUCACUGGUAGAGGCUCAGAAACGCGAGAGUGAAGAAACAGACACGGUUACUGCCCUUGCUUCGUUGUCAAUGGUUGCUGCCAAAAGAAGUGAAUCCCUUGAACAGGAGUCAGAACCCAUGGAUGAGGAAUCAUAGACGUACAAAUUGGUGGAAAAACCUAUUGAUAAUGGAAGGAUUUUGUUUAUCCUGUCACUAUAGCAACCAUUCCCAUAGUGCACAAGUAUUAGAUGUUUCUGCCUAGCACAGUGUUGUCUCAUUCUAUAAAAAGUAACGACUAUUUUUAGUAACAAACUGACAAUAUGUUUAAUGUAGAUGAUGCUAAAUAUAGUGCUAUUGUAGGAGAAAUAUGUGCGGAGAAUACCCACAAUUUGGGAACAAGUUGCCUGUCUGAAAGGUUCCGAGGGUGAAUGGACUGGAAUAUUUAAGUCUGGCUUUGAGUGUUCUCUGUUUGUAGAACACCCAGUAUUUGAGGAACAAUAUUAUGGCUUGCUUAUAGUAGAUGUAGGACAUUCAGCUAGUGGAAAUGUGUUCAUGAAACAUAGAUUUUAAUAAGGUGGCAUAAGAUGUGUAUUUCUUUAUGCGGGAUUUUUUUUCCCGCUUGAUGGGGUGUUUUUUUUUUGUAAGUGGAAGGUAGCGUUAAGUGAUACUGCCCAUGUGGCAGGAAUCAAUUCAUAUACUUUAUCAUGGGACUGUUUGUCUCGUAAUAUGUUUUGGUAAAUAUACAAAACAAACAUUUCGAAUGUUUAAAUUUUAUGCUAAUGAACAACUAGUCACAAGGUGUGUGUUUAUAUAAACUGAUAUCAGCAGAUAUGAUUUGCAUAUUUUCAUAUAGUGAUCUUACAGAUUAAACGUAAAUCACUACAUGUUACGCUUUUUUGUGAUAUUUUGUUGUUGUCGUAAUUCCUUCGUAUAAAUGCCCUCUUUGUGUAAGCUUAUAUUAUUGUUUAUUACUGUCAGUGCCGUUCAGUUAGAAAGGGGUCUUGCUUGAAAAACAAUCUUAAUUUUUAAUAGGAAUGGUAAUGGUUGAUGAAUACAAUAUGGAAGCUACAAAUAGUGGCAAGUGUACGGUUUUUCGAAAAAAUUUCUGUCAAUUUUAAAUAUGAACAGUUGCACAUGUGCCAAUGCGGCAUUGAAUUUUUCCUGAUAUACAAGGUUGUAGAUCAGAUGAGUUUUUUUUAAGAGUUACUGAAUAAGAUUAUUGAUAGGGCUACAUAUAUCUUUGGUUUUUCAUGUGAGACGGCCCUUUCAACUCAAUGGUGCUAUAUCAUAUACGUUUCCAUUUUUCAUAAUUACUGAUAUCCCACUGCUAAAAGCAUAUUUUUUGGACUAACAUACAUACAUGUGAAUGACUAUAGUCACGGUGCUUAAGCAUUUCACAGUCUAAUCAGGGGAGGUAAGGGGCAUAUUUUUUCAUAACACUGUAACUUAUAUCCUACCUUCAAAUGAUUUCAUAGAAGCAGCACUGUAUCUAGGCUUAUUCAUAUUAUAAAGGAAAAUUCAUUUUGACAUUUUGCAACCAGUGUAGACCAAGAUCAGCCUGCACAUCCGUGCGUGCUGAUCUUGGUCUGCACUAUUUGCUUUUUUAGCCCACCAUCAUCAGAUGGUGGGCUAUUAAAAUCACUCUGCGUCCGUGGUCCGUCCGUCCGUCAUUCCGUCCGUCCGUCCGUUAACAAUUUCUCCUUAUCGCAUCUCCUCAUAAACUACUGGGGGGAUUUUGACUAAACUUUGUCAGAAUGAUGUAUUGAUACCCUAGUUGUGUCCCUCUGAAAAUCAGACUGGUUCAACAAUUUGUGAGUGAGUUAUGGCCCUUUGUUUAUUUCUAUAAUUUAUAUAGAUUUAUAUAGGGAAAAACUUUGAAAACCUUCUUGUCCAAAACCACAGAGCCUAGGGCUUUGAUAUUUGGUAUGAAGCAUCAUCUAGUGGUCCUCUACCAAGAUGAUUCAAAUUAUUUCUCUGGGGUCAAAUAUGGCCCCGCCCUGGGGGUCACAUGGUUUAUAUAGACUUAUAUAGGGAAAAACUUUGAAUAACCUCUUGUCCAAAACCACAGGUCCUAGGGCUUUGAUAUUUUGUAUGUGACAUCAUCUAGUGGUCUUCAACUAA